CGUGUACCUCAGACAUCAUCUGUUCAAAUAUCGGUUAACACUCGUCUAUCCAGUCUAUUCAAGCUUGCCGUCAACAAGACCAAUGACGGGCCACUGAUCGACUCUGCCUAUUGCUUCUGCUCGUGCAACUCCCACAGGUCAACCACCGUUUCCCCACAGUCAGUCGCUCCACACCUCAAGUCAGUCACGGCUUGCGGCGCUCGACCCAAAUUAAAACGUCACGGCUGCCCACCUCUUCCAGCGCAUGUCAUUGUGCGUCCCUAACUCUGCGUGGUGCAUGUGCAGAGGCUGAACUCAUUAUCGAUCAGCGCACCGCGCGCCUCUUCAUCGUUCCUCGCUGCCACCGUGACUCCUCCUGUGGACAUGGGAUCUGCUGCUGCUGCUGCUGUCACCGACGGCGACGGCAAUGACAAUGGCAACCCGACUCCUAUCGUGGCUCCAACGACAACCUCGCAAAGUGCGCAUGACAAGUCGCCGACAACAACCUCUUCCACUCAACCCGUGACCACCACCACCGAAUCGCACGAUGAACCGACUUCAUACUCUACCCAAGCACUUCUGCAACCAUCCGAUCCCCUAACUACGCAAGACGUGGCUUCGUCGCUGCUUAAUGGCACGAGUCAAAGUGGAGAUCGGGAGUUACCUCGUCUUCAGGCCAACGUUCCUCUGGAAAACAGCGAUCACCUCCAGCCGGUGGUCGAUGAUGACCCCUUAUCCUUUGACCUCAUCGCUCCGCCAGCUUUUGACCACGGCGAACCCUUUUCUCUCGAGUUCCAGACAACAGCGCUCUUCUCCAAGGGCCAUCUACAGGUUAUUUUCAGCGACCCUGCCUUUCUCUUCCGAUUUACAUCCUUCCUCAGUACCCAGCGACCCCAAUCCGUCCCCAUCCUCGUCCACUACCUCGACUCCCUGAAGUCUUUGCGCGCUAUUCACUAUGCGAAUGCCAUUUGCGACGGCCUCGAUCCCGUUGAAGGCCUGCAAUUCACACAGAAACCGGUCAAGCCCACCAUCAACACAUUCCUCGAAGAUCGUGCGGCCAGAGCGUUUGAUGUCCUGGUCACUGAAGAGCUGCCCGCAUUUGUCACACAUGAAUAUAUCCAGAUAGUCAGCGCAAGCAUUGCCGCACGAGUCACGGGCGCAUUGUCGCCGCGUCUCCGAGAAUUGUCAGAUGGAUUGGCCGAGGUGUUUUGUCUGACCGACCCAUCCAGGCCUGACAAUCCAAUCAUCUUCACUUCCGAAGAAUUCAACCGUACCACACAAUAUGGCCUAUCAUAUGUGCUUGGUCGCAAUUGUCGUUUCCUACAAGGCCCUAUGACUAAUCCCCAUAGUGUGCGAAGAUUGAGAGAAGCAGUAAAAGCGGGAAAACAGCAUCAGGAGGUGCUUCUCAAUUAUCGCCGCGACGGCUCCCCGUUUGUUAAUCUCUUGAUGACGGCACCUUUGGCUGAUAGUCGAGGUGUGAUUCGAUACCAUAUUGGAGCUCAGGUGGACGUGAGUGGACUCGUCAAGGACUGUGCUGAAAUGGAGUCGUUACAAAGGUUGAUGGACCUACGAGCCCAAGGCGAAGAUCCACCAGUGCCCGAGAAGCCAAAUCCACAGAAGAAUGACGAGUUGCAAGAGCUGAGCGAAAUGCUCAAUCAAGGCGAGCUCAAUAUCAUUCGAAAACAUGGUGGCCGAAUGCACAAGGAAGUAGUUGAAGAGGACCUCGAAAGUGUCACCUCCCAGCAACCCAGGUUGCUCCUCAAGGACCCCGUGGCCCGGGCCUCUCCGUUGGAAAGGAUGAAUGGCAGAUUGAGCGGGAUCUAUCAAAAUUUCCUUCUUGUGAGGCCAUAUCCAUCUCUCCGAAUUCUGUUUGCCAGUCCCUCGCAAAGGCUGCCGGGAAUUCUUCAAUCGCCCUUCCUGAAUAAGAUUGGAGGAUCGAACCGUGUUCGAGAGGAAUUGACUGCAGCCUUUGCAGAAGGUCGUGGUGUAACAGCCAAAGUGCGAUGGGUGACCAAAGGCGACGAUCAUGGCAAGAACAAAUGGAUCCAUUGCACACCAUUAGUUGGAGCUCAGAGUCAGAUUGGGGUGUGGAUGGUGGUGAUUGUCGACGAUGACAAAGGCCUCGACCGGUGGUCAGGCUCUGGCCGCCUCCCGCCACAGGUUGGAUCCACGGAGAGAAGUUGGCAUUCUUCGAAUGGACACAACAGUGGCGAUUAUAAUCAACGUGGAUCACGUGAGGGCAAUGGCAGUUACGUGAGGGGAUAUCCAGGUGAUGGUGCGGCCAGUGCCAGUGGUAAUGGGAGUGUCACGAGUCUUCGCAUUGGAUAGGAAGCUCAUGAUUCACUUGAAGAAGCACAGUUGCGGUUUCGGACCACAGAGACGAACUUUUGUAUAUCAAUGGAUUUUUUGGCUUGGUUUUUUUCUGUGGAUAGAAACCUCCCUUGGAGAGAGGGCACUGUGUACAGCAUGUACAGUGAGUGAGAUGGAUGGAUGGAUUGCGAUAUAUUGAGCUUCUUCUAAUUCAUGUGGAUAAAUGUGUAGUUGGGACGAUAUACCUCUGGUAGGUAUGUACAGAUAUGCGUGAUAUGUAAUUGAAACAUAUUUUGAUAUGCG